CACACUCUCUCUCUCUCUCUCUCUCUCUAGGAUUGUCAUUGAGGAUUGUACAUGUUCACUUCUUGAGUCCAGCACACACACACAGUCAUGGCUCCAGAGAAGACGAGUCACGGACUGGACAACUACGCAUUUACUUGUGACGGUCCGGACCACUUCUGUGAGUUGCCAGAGAAUGAAAAGGGAAACAAUGAUUUUUCAGAGGAGGGAGAUGGUGACAAACUAGCAUAUUGUGUCACAGAUAUUCCACCAUGGUACCUUUGCAUCAUUUUGGGGAUUCAACACUUUCUCACAGCGUUUGGUGGUAUUAUCGCCAUUCCUCUGAUCCUGUCUCAGGGUUUGUGUCUACAGCACGAUGGACUCACUCAAAGUCAUCUCAUCAACACAAUCUUCUUCGUGUCGGGGUUGUGCACUUUACUGCAGGUCACGUUUGGAGUGAGGUUACCCAUUAUCCAGGGUGGCACAUUUACUCUUCUGGUACCCUCCAUGGCUUUACUGUCAAUGCCUGAAUGGACCUGUCCGGCCUGGACACAGAACAGCAGCCUGGUCAACACUUCUUCACCCGAGUUCAUCCACGUUUGGCAGAGCCGCAUGCAGGUGCUUCAAGGGUCAAUCAUGGUGGGCUCCCUCUUUCAAGUGCUGGUGGGAUUCUCGGGUCUCAUUGGCCUCUUCAUGCGUUUCAUUGGCCCUUUGACCAUCGCACCAACCAUUUCACUCAUUGGUCUGUCGCUGUUUGACUCCGCUGGCAUGAACGCAGGAGACCACUGGGGCAUCUCUGCAAUGACAGCAUGUUUAAUAGUGAUAUUCUCGCAGUAUCUCCGGAAUAUCGCCAUUCCCUUCCCCUCAUACAGCAGAGCCAAGAAGUUCCACACCAGCAGGAUUUACAUAUUUCAGAUUCUGCCUGUCCUGCUGGGAAUCACUCUGUCAUGGUUAAUUUGCUACAUUCUGACCAUCUACAACGUCCUGCCAUCAGAUCCUGACCAGUAUGGUUAUCUCGCUCGGACUGAUGUUAAUGGAGAUGUUACGGGAAGAGCGCCUUGGUUCAGAUUUCCCUACCCAGGUCAAUGGGGUGUGCCAUCUGUGAGUCUGGGAGGAGUUUUCGGGAUCCUGGCAGGGGUCCUAUCCUCGAUGAUCGAGUCAGUGGGUGAUUAUCAUGCCUGUGCCCGGCUAUCAGGUGCCCCUCCACCACCCAGACAUGCCAUCAACAGGGGCAUUGGCAUUGAAGGCAUUGGCUGUCUGCUGGCAGGUGCUUGGGGCACCGGCAAUGGAACCACCUCCUACAGCGAGAAUGUCGGAGCGUUGGGAAUCACCAAAGUCGGCAGUCGCAUGGUGAUUGUGGCCAGUGGGUUUAUAAUGAUCAUAAUGGGAGUGUUUGGGAAAAUUGGAGCCAUAUUCACCACAAUACCGACUCCUGUGAUUGGAGGGAUGUUUCUGGUCAUGUUUGGGGUCAUUACUGCAGCAGGAGUUUCAAACCUACAGUAUGCUGAUAUGAACUCUUCACGCAACAUCUUCAUCUUCGGAUUCUCCAUGUUCUCUGGGCUUGUCAUUCCCAACUGGUUACUGAAAAAUCCCACAGCCAUAGCAACAGGUGUUGUUGAACUGGAUCAGGUGCUUCAAGUUCUUCUCACAACAAGUAUGUUUAUUGGAGGAUUCUUUGGAUUUCUCCUUGAUAACACGAUCCCUGGAACAAAGCGUGAACGAGGCAUCGUCACGUGGAACAGUGCUCACCAAAACGAGUCUGAGAACACAUUAGAAAGUGAUGAUGUGUACGGGCUGCCCUGCGGAAUAACUGCCCGUUUCUCGUCUUUCUCCUGGACCAAAUAUGUGCCUUUCUGCCCUUCACAUAAAAACCCCUCACAAGAUGACACGCCAUCCAGUUCUGAUUCUUUGGACAUGAAAACGGAGCCAAACAAAGAUGAUUCCCACAUCAUAGAUGGGGUGGCAUUAUAGUCUAUGAUGAAUACUUGUGUUCAUCUGUGAUGGUGUGAUGUAGUAAAGGCUCUUUUGACUCUUGAAUCAUGUGCUGAGGUGUAAUGACUCACUGAACUGAGAAGGCAGCUACUUUACAUUCAUUCAAUUCGCUUCCCUGAUUAACACUGUACAAAUAUUUUAUAUUUCUAAUAUGCAGCAGUACAGUUAAAAUCUCUGUUUUCAUGUGUAUGAACACUGAAUAAAGCAUAAAGCAAAGUACUUAAUUUUCAGUAAACAUAAUGGUAACAUGGACCAAUUUAAUGUUUAUUUUCUUGUUAAAGAUGCCUUUGGGUGUGUAAACAAGGAAGUGCUUCAUUUAAUGACCUUUUUCUAAUCACCAUGUUUUUAUGUCUCAUAUUUUUCUUUGUUAAAAUGCUUAUAAUUUUAAAUGGAAAGAUUAUAUAGCUGACAUACUGUAUAUUGUACAUACAAUUGAUGUUUUGAUUUAAUUGUUUUACUAUUAAAAACCUAAA